AUGGCGCCAGAACCAGAAACCGAACCUAAUCCAAAGCCCGAAUCGUCUGCUGAACCAAAAACCUUGUUUCCGGAGAUCAUGACCAAUCAAGAGGCUUUCCUGAUGUACGGAGUGUUCAUCUUCGCCCUUACUGUCUUCUGUAUCAUUCUACUGGUUCUGUUCAUACUGCUGAAGAAAAAGUUAGUUGUUUUAGAUUACUUAUUAAUACUCAGCAGUUUCCUCUGACGAUUUAUAACACUGUACUGAUUAGAAAUAAAUAUUAAUUAGAGAAUAGCCGACAACAUCAUUGCCUAUACGUGUUUGGCUCAAGCAAGAUUUUAUUUUAAUCGAUUCGAUCGACUCUAUGUGGUCCUUUGAUGGCUUGCAUGGUUAGUCAUUACAUUAUCAGUACGCAGUCGAUGAUUAGCUACAAACAAAUCUAGAGUCACGAAUCUCUGACUCAGAAACUUUUUCAUCGGCCUUGCAUAAAAAACUGACCUAAUAUUUUCUUAGGGAUAUGAGCAUUAUUUGUGUAAUUCAUCUCGACUUGUUUCUUUAACCAAUUAAACGACUCGUUCUGAGAGCUCCUUGGCGCACCGAACAAAUAGGGCAUUUCACAGUUGUGUGCUUAGUGACCUGGCCGUUGAGUGAAAAAGAGGCUGGAGUUAUUUUGACUUUGUUCUGAUACAAACUCGACCUUUUUUUCUCAUGUAAAACUGUUGUAAAUGACCUUGUUUUCAUGUUAAGUUACUAAACUGGAGGUAAAGUCGUCCUCAUUUCUCUCUAAUUUAACGCUUAAUAGUUAAGCGUUAUUCUUUCAUCGGUGUUUCGUUACUUGUUAUUCUUUAAUUGGCCUUAUUAGGACGCCUGCUCUAAGAGAAAGAACAAGAGUUUCAGAAUGCAUGAGAAUUGGUUAAUUUGUGUUAUACGUAAGGCUUAAUCCCUCUGACUGUUGCUUUAUUUUAGGGUCAGGAAAAUAGCAAGCUCGCUUGGACCCAUGGACAUGAAAAUCCAGCAUGGUUAGUCCAGUUUACUGAAUUUCCAGUGUUAAUAAUUUUUACUUAUCAUCCACUUCUUUUACUUUGCACUCACAACAUGCUUUCAAAGAUACGAUUCAAAUGCCUGAACGAUUUCUCUUAGGGACCCCCACCCCCCCCCUCCCCGAGGGUAACUCUUGAAGAAUUUGAGGGGGGUUAUGCGGUAUGUUUUUGAACCUUACUUUAUAAUGUUUCAAACCAAAAUAAGUGAUGUUUCCUUUCCCACGUCUCUGAACAGCUUUUCCCAGGAGAUAAAUGAACAACCAAUUCCCGUCACUGGUUCCAGGGAUCACAAAGCCUCACCUUAUAUCAGAGCCAAAUGGCUAGAAUUCAAUUUCAAAGUGGUCAAAACCACUUUUAGCUCUUGUAUUCUUCCCUGUAAAUCUGAACCACUAUCUACCUUCCGCUGUUUUUGGACACUCCCACCAUCGUAGUCUCCCACGUAGGAGUUUUUAAGGGAGUCGUAUUUCCUCCCUCCCCACAAAUAUGAAUUUGGUAGGUACAAUGUGAUUGGCUAAGAGGCGGAAAGGAAUGUUGGUCUCGGGUUAGAAGGCGUGGGGAGAAAGGAAAUACGACUCCCCUAAAAACGCCUGCGUGGGAGGCUACCGGUAGCACCAUCGUCGAACAAAAAAUAACUAUAGGGCGCUUUCACUCACGUGACCAGCACCUAUGCAAAUUUACAGUAACAAAAGAUAGCGUUUAUUUAAAAAAAAGAGUUCAACUCCCACGGGACUGGUUUGGAACAUCAACAUGGCCACCGUUUCAUUGUUUUGGAACACAAUUAUGGCCACCGUGACGUCAUGUGAAAACGCUCUAUACUUCUCAACGGCAACCUUGCUAUGUUAUUGUCUUAACCUCCUCACCCCAGAAAACAUUUAAGUUAAUUAUAAAAAAAUAUGUCAAAUCAGCCUCAAAAUAUUUUUCCAUCUUUCCUUUAGGUAUCUGAUGUUCAUUGAUGACGCCGGACAAGGCACUAAAAUGGGGACCCCCAAAAGUUUUAUUAACCGUUCAUAGACAUGCAAUCAUGCAAGAUACAUUAAAAAUAAAAAUAGUUUGUUCUCACUGUGAAUGUUUGAGACGAAGCGCCAAUAUCUUUACUCGCAUAAUAAAAUUAUGUAUUGCAUACUUAUGGCUGUGCGUGAAGAAAUAAAGAAAGCCCUAUAUUAUCCGUCUUCUUUAAAGAUUAGACUAGCGUGAAUUGUCUCUCCUUUUUCAGUUCUAUUCACAAAUCUUCACUUUUUCUCGACUGCUAGAAAACUGAAUUUUUAUAUCUUGCGCAAACUUUUAAACCUAUCCUUAGGGAAUUUAUGGGGCGAGUUGCCAUGGGCAACCGACUUCAUGCAUAACAUCGGCCAAGUGCAGUCCAUUCUUCUCUUUCGAUUCUCUUGGUAAAUAUUUUUGCCCUACGUGUGCAGAUGCAUGACUUAGUUCUCAACUGUUUCCCGACAAACCAGAGCCGAGUUGAUUGAGAGACACUAGAGGCCCGUUUCUCGAAUGGCCCGGAAACUUUUCGGGCCCGAAGACAAAUUUUAAAAUCCAAACCUGUUGAAUAGUUAGCACAGUUGCUAGCCCAUAAACCAGUCAAUUUUGCUUCUUUAAGUGAUAGUUUCAUUCUGUUAUUUUCAAAAUUAUUGAAACUUUGAUCUUAAAUGCAAAUACAACAAGCACAACACAGCUUUUCGGGCCCGAAAAAGUUACUGCAAUUUGAUUGGCUUAGAGCAAUGGUAUUUCAGGUUAAUUUAAAAUACCUACAUGUGAAGAUUACAAACCUCUUGCGGGUAGUAGUAUAAACAAAUAAUAGCAUGAUUUGUACGUGGUAUUUGGCUUAAAUACCACUCUUGAUAUUUCAAAAUUGUCUCAAUUUUGAAAUUAAGUAAAACAGUUUUGAAAUAUCCCUCGUGGUAUUUAUGCCAAAUAUCAGUAAAAAUCAUGCUAUUACCUAUACUAAUCUAUCGAAAUCUACAAGUUUGGCUGUUUUUUUCAGGCUUCAGAACGAUGGCUACACUUGCAGUUACAGUCAACUCCCUAUAACGGACACUGCAGGGACGCUCGGAUUAGUGUCCUCGUUGGCGAGAGUCCCGGCGUAAUAGCGGGAGUUUAUUUCAGUCAAACAUUUGUAACUUAUUUUUGCCUGGGAUUUAGCUGCUGUCCGUCAGCUGUCCGUAUUAUCGGGGUGUCCGUUAUAGCGGGGUGACCGCAAGGCGUGAGUUGACUGUAUCCGGGUGUCCGUUGUAGCCAGCUGUAUAGCGGAUAGUUGACUAUAUACACUAGUGUCAAAGUCUGAGUGUUGAAAUGACCCAAGUCUUGGGAGGUCUCGCCUUGCUGUUAGUAGCAGACUAACACCAGGAGUAGCUCUACAGUGGAAUAGUAUGCCAUCCAGACAAGGGGAGAAUUAUCCCCAUCGAUAAUAUGUAUGCGGACCAUAUAUAGCUGCAAUAAAAUUGAUUGUGCGACUUUUAAUUUCUUGCCCGUCUACACUCAAUUUUAGCAAACUGGCCCUUUAGUGUAUCAUCAGUCACCAAAGAGCCCCUAAUGUGAGGUUUGCCUUUUCAGCUCAACAGAAAGAAGAAAGUAUAGAUCCAUGUAAAACGACAGCUCAGUCGGCUAUGAUCAGAAGAAAAAGUAGGAAUGAUACCUUCGAAUAGUAAGGUAGCUCUUAAAGCAAUACUGUGUAGCACCACUGCACUCAUGGAUCUAGUAUGUACGACGCUCUUUCGUAUUCUCUUGUGUUAGGAGAGAAUGCUAUCCAGAAAAUGCCCAAUUAUUAGUGUAACAAAUUAUGGUCAAUUAAAGAUCAUAACGAGUUACCUUAGUAACGGUAUAACAUAUGAUAAACGCCCCUAGUUUUGUGGGGUAGGAUAGGGGAUGGGAACCGGGAGAAUCAGGAAGCAGGAGAGGAAAGAGUUGGAGGUGGGAGUUCUGAAAAAGUAGGAAGCGGGAGAAAUAGGGGUAAAUUAUGCAACAAUGCUGAAAGGUUGGCUGCCAUCGAAAAGAGCUAAACUGAGCAAGAAGAAAAGGGGCAGGAGACAAAAUUGCAAAGUACGGGAAGGGGGAGGUUUAACUUCAAGCGUGGGGGACUGAGCUUAAUGACUGUCAUCAUCUAUUAUGGAAAUGUGUGGUAUGUGUAGAUUUAACUUUUCGCAAAGUUUUAAAACACGUAUAAGGUUUGGGUGGGUUCAGAGCCCCUUUAAAUUAUCGAGACAUUAAAGUGGUCUGAGCCCAUUAUUGUUUAGGAAAAGGAUAAAUCUUGACGUGCUCAUUACAAUUCCAUAAUAAAAAAAUGGGAGUUAAGUUAACACCCCUUAAACCUUAGCUAGUAACAAAAUAAAAGCUGUUUGUAACAGGUUUAAUAUAAUUUCUAAUGACAAACAAAUAUUAAAUAAAACACAAUUUGUUUUCUUAAUACCUUUAUAAUAGUGUCAAAUGAAAAAGCUAGCAGUGUAGCGAUGAUCAAUCACAGCAGAGGUGUUAAAAAUAUUGAACCGUUGUGAACGGCAUUUCGUUACAAAAGAGAAGACACAUUCAAGUAGAAUGUGCUUUUGUAUUUUUUUUAAGUGCAAACUUCCUGAGUGUAAUAACUGUCAGGCCCGGUUUUUCCUUCCCAAUUCGCACUUAAGUUACGUACAUAACUGUGGUGAUCUUUUAAGUGUUAAAUAUUUCUGUCGGUAUUAUCACUUCUGAGGAACCGAGUCCUUCGAAAUAAAUUUUUGUCCUACUGCUGAUUUUUUUUCUUUGCAAAGUUUCUCUUAAAAAAGUCAUUUUUUAUAAUUAGGACUAACUUCUAAAAGAGACGGUAGAUUGUUAAUCCGUAAAUACAGCGUACUUGUUCCCCAAAAACUUCUGUUACGUAACAGCUAAAUCAUAAGUCUUCGGUACUGAAAUUGAAAACGGGACAUGUUUAAGAAUUUUACGGUACUAAGGUUAUUAAUUUCUUAAGUGAAAGAUUCCAUACCUUUCUUCUUUGAUACUCUUCUAUUUGUUCUUAGAAGCGGCCACAAGUACUGUGCCGCUUAUAAAACGCGAUUCAUACGAGCUUUGUUUCCUAUAUUAUUCAAGUUUUUUUCAAACAAGAAUCUCCAUAAUCAUGCUCAGCUGCUCAGGGACAUGGAAAUGAAUAUUUAUAGAUUUAGGAAUGGAUCUAUUGGAAGGUAUUUUGAAAGUAUUGUUUUGGAAUUAAAGAAGGUACUGAAAACAAGUCAGUGGUAUCUAGAAAUUGGAGGAAUUGAAGUUCUACAAAUAUGAUGUAUAAUUAGUAGUCCCACGGCGAAAAUAUAAAUGUUUCCUCAACCAUAAAGUCAACACACAAACUGGGAUUAAUAAAAACCUGCAGCAUUUAGGGCCCAAUUGUUUACCAACAGCUGUCAAUCAAAACUUUUCCGACCACAUCUUGUUAGUUUGACAAACAACAACAAUGCCAAAGUUGAAUGAACGCCUUGUUGCUGAGUCAUAUAUGAUGUGCGUCAGAGAACAUGACUAAGCGAAACAACCCCUCUUCUAAAAACAAUGGUCUUUAGUUGUAAGCAUGAAGUUAAAUCCCGAUGAAUAUGAGGGUUUGUGGUCGUUUCAAGUCUCAACUCCAGCUCAAAAAAAAAAGGUUUCUGUUUUUAGGCAAAAUCUUGCAAUUUUAAUUUCUACGACAAAAAGAAAAGAAGCGAAGAAACCUGAAAUCAUAGCAAUAUGAUUGAUGAAAUAAAAAAAAAUCCUGAUUUUUGCAUUUCUUUAUUUAAAGCGACCAAGGACUUUGAAAGGAAAAAGCUAAGGAUUAUAACUUCCACCUUUUGGAAUCUUGGAGUUAUGACGAUAUUCUAAGAUACUGAAAACAAAAGAAUAAACUUCCGUAGGAAGAGUAUUCAACCAGAUGUCUCUGGAGUUUCUAGGCCGUUGACACGGCAAGACAUGUUGCAUAUUUACCGAAAAAAUAAAGACUUGUCAUUUAUCUUGCCAGAAGGAAUGUUUCCUACGUAUUUAAAAAGAGAAAACUGUAGAACGGUUCCAUGACAAUUACGUAAAUUUUGUAAACAAAUACGCACACUAGUAAUUGUUUAUGAAGGUAAAGAAUUUUGCCGAGUCAUAUGUGAAGUCGCUUGCUAAAUAGACCGUGGAACAGUGUUUUUGAGCAUAGCGGUAUUUAUGACUCUACUAUCAAGAGAAAACGUUUUGCGAGGGAGAUGAAUAAAUACCAGUGUAUACUGAAAGUAUCAGUAAGGUGCGUUUAUAAAACCUGAGUUUAACUGGCUAUGAAAGAUAUGCUCACGUGGUAUGAGAAUGAAGUCACGUUAUAGGUCGGAUAUUGAUAAUUAUCUUAACACUUGGACGUCAAACAAAGCGUCUUCAAUAGCCUAGAGCUCAUUGAAAUAAGCCUCAUUUGCUACGAACCGGCAGUCUUAGAAGGGUUGAAUUAAGAACAGCAUCUGUUUCGUGUCAGUGAAACCAGCUUAGGUAAGUUACUAAACCACCAGCAAAAUUAUUCGUUUUGUGAAUAACUCAAUGACUAAAACUCAGUUUCACACAUUGAAAGAUCUCAAUUGUGACCGUGCGCGAAUAACAACUUACUGAAAACAUAUUUGUAAACAAUUUAAGGUAACAUUAGGGCACGCAAGCGACACUAACAGUUCCAAGAUUGAUGAACCGCCGAAAAACAAUACAUUCCAUGUUGACUAAAUAUCUGUCUUAUUUGAUUACCAAUGCCAUCAGCGAUUUAAGUUAUUGAAGUGAAAAACCUUUUUUUGCGGUUCUAUUGAAGAAAACACCAUCGCUGUCAUUUAAUUUCUUGCAUUGAGGCCCUACCGCUGCUUCACUCGGAGUAGCAUGAUUAUUGGAAGAAAAAAAAAAGCAUUAAUUCUAAUUCGAUCGUUCAUCUCGCUGAACUAAGCCGCUCCAUAGUGGCUUCAUCAGGUCACUCCAAACUUAACAGUAAUAGAGUUUUGUUGUCUCCCAAAAAGUAGUGAAAUUUUUUUUUCCUACUCAAUGCACAUCUAAGCGAGAACAUGAAAUAUCUGCCCUUAAACCUAGAUCUGUGACCGGUCAUCCCGCUUAUAUAGUAAACGAACGGUCUCAGUGCGCAUGAAAACAAACAACCUCAGGCCGGCCAACAAAACCAAGGAGGAUUGGAAAAAGCUCAUUUUGCUAUGCAGCUUAUUUCGUUGUCAAGGCUCCCCAAGUGUCUCUCGCCGUCGUUGAUUCUAAUUUUUAAGAGUGUUCCAAUGAUUCCCUUAUGAUACAAGGUGUUUUAUCUGCUUUCUUAUAUGAUAGCCCUACUCUGUAUCGACUAAAUAUAAUUGAACAUUACUUUAUCACGGGAUCCUAAAGAAUUCCGUUAUAUUCUGGUACAAAUAUACGGCAACCGUGCCACGUUAGUUUUUCGCCUUAAUUCAUUAAAUAUAUUUUUAAAACAAGGAGCACUGCUUCAAACUCAAGAGGAAGAUUUUUUCUUAGAAUGGCGCUGAUUGUCUUUAAUUUGUUAACUUGAAUCACUCGUUCAUUGACAAAUUCUAUACGUCCUCGCACUUUAAAAUCAUCUACAUUGAUGAAAGAUGCUAAAAUUCUAUGUCCAUUUUUUGUUACUAUGUUUUUAAAGAGCCAACAUAAAAAGACAACAGCAACAACAAGACUUUCUAUAUCCAUUGCUUUGAAUCUGGAGGCAGUAUACUGUCCAGAAAAUAAGAGCCUUCCAGUUCUUGUUUCAACUUGCGUUUCCCGCUAAGAUUAUUCGCAAAAAGCCGAAAGUCUAGUUAAAGUUUUUGAAUGGUUUUUACUAUAUCAACUUACUUGAGUUCCGCUUAUCAGUAUGCAUGCAAAUACAGGAAAACUAGGCAACGACUUUUUCAAUUUGCGUCAAUCGCCGGAGACUUUUGAAAGAUCGAUAUUGCUCGCCGAUAAUAAUUUUCCGUUUCUCCUAAUUGCGUGCGUCUUGAUUAAUUGUCAAAGGAGAAUCUGCAUUGAAUUAGAAUGUAAAGCCUUCAGUAGGUUUUUCUUAGUAUUAUCGCAAUUGCCUCUUUUAUUUUAGUAACAAAUUCAUUCGGUUCGUUUUAUAGUUAUAAACAUCAUAUCGCUAACUCGCCAGUGCUGCUGAAAUAAAGUUUUUUAAGACUAUUGCGAGAGUUCUUGCAAAUUUGCAAAAAAAUACAUUCUGAAUUUUUUUUUUUCAUUUUUCAGUUGUAUACCAUAAGAAUCAACCCAAAAUCGCUUUAAAAAAAUGUAUACCAACAUUCUUAAAAAAAGUAAGAGAAGGGUAAGAGAAUCACGGCUCUGAAUCUUUGAGACUCGACAUACAUUGUAAGUGUUCCGUUCUAUUUUCCAGCACGAAUGACUCCUUGAUGUCUUAUAGGAUAGGGCUCAGGCUAUUAGUGUUGUUGUUGCUGUUUUUCUUUCCAGAUGUAAGCAAUAAAUACUAAUUAACGUUUUAGAUAUCCUCUUAAAGUUCCUUAGUGUUCAAACGUUUAACGUUUUAAGCUGUCCGGUCAAUUUUUCCCCAUCCAAUUUACGGAUUACGGGCCAGGUCUCUCUUUGACUUGCAAUUGCUCUACCGUUUUACAAUUAAUCUUUUGGUUAUCUGUUUAAACGGAUAUGCAAACCGUUUAAACGCUGUAAAUGCCCGUUUACUAUCCGUUUAAAAUCCGUUAAUUCUUACCGGUGUAACGGUAAAGCGUCAGUGUAGAAAAUCCUGCAUGUACCCAAUCCGCUUUAAACAUCGUCCGAAUAUUGAAGAAUAAAGGAAUCGAUUACUGACUAAAUAAGCCGUGAGGCAGUUUUCACAGUCGAUAACAACUUUAGUGACAAAAGACCGACUCAAGUAGAUUAAGGUCUGGUUCUAAGCAAGAGAGAAUGAUCUAUGAUGAGCUCAUUCUCUCUUGUUCUAAGUCAUUCGUGAUUUUUUACGCACGUUUUCCAAAAAGCAUUUUUAAAGACAACCGAGAGGAAAUAUAGUCCGGGUAAAAAGUAAACUAAACCUAAAAAUAAUCUUGAAAAAAGAAAUCCAAACCACCUGGUAAUGUGAUCGACCACGCCCUCUAUUGUUAAAAAAUUGCAACCAACCAUGCCACCACUUGCUAAACGUUUAGCAACAGUUUCUCUGUAUCACAACAAAGUGUCUACGAAAUCAGCUCGGAAUACCACCGCGGUCAAACGUCUAAAUCGUUAUUUUUGUUUUUUAUUGCUGGGAUUUCAUUUACCAGUUAGAGAAAAAUGGGCAAAGAUGUAUAAAUCAGUUAGUCAACAUAGCUAUCUUUCCAUUUUUCUCAAAAUUUUGAGCUUUUUUCGCUGAAAACGCUUCGCGCUAAAAGAAAAAUCAUGUUUGAAAAUGGCGCCGAUAAUAACGUCAGCAUCGGUUUUCAAUCACUUAGAACUUUUUUAGUAAACUUUUAAAAAGUUAAGUAAACUAACAAGAUGUUGGUAAUGCCCUAAACUUUCGAUAGUGAAAGUAGCAACCUUAACUUUGAAGUAUUUCGCUUAACUUUCGCAAAUUUCACUCGUUUGACCGCUCUGAAGCUCGGAAUGGCUCAAAUCGUUACAAUUUGUUGGUGCAAUUGGUGUCCAUUGACUAGUGCCAGUCCUCCUCUUACUAAACUUUUCUUCAGGAGAAAGACGUUUAAUGACCUGGUCCCAUUCCAACCGUUUUUACAAGAAGACUAUUAGUAGCCACUGUUUGGACCUACAAAAGGAACGGAAACUGUCUACUCUCUAUAUAGUGGGCAUUUCGGCCCAAAGGAUUUCUCGAUAAAACAGGACGUGGCUGGUCACGUGAUACAUUUAAACGCAAUUUUUAAAAUGAAAUUGGGAUAUUUCUUGGUUAACUAUUUGUCCUGAGAUAUAUUAAAAAUAAUUUACAUUAGACCACCCCCUUUAAAAUUCUGGGAAACCAUGAAAGAACCAGGCCUUAAUCUACUUGAGGAUGAGAUGACGGAAAAGGAGCGGCAAUCCAGAAAGUAACUACAAUUAAACAUUGCCAACGGAUGAUACAGGACUGACCUAAUUUUUCCCUGAUGAUCACCUAUGAUGAUCUCUUUCCGCAGCUUAUAACUGGGUACUCGGAUGUUCAGUUGCUUGUUGCUAAUUUUUUGGGUUUAAUUUUUUGUUAGCCAUGUUACCUUACCGACACCUUUUGGAUCAUCAUGAACCUGAACCCGAAAAAUCAACAGCGGAACCUGAGCCGGACACCAUCAUGCCAGAGAUAAUGACCAAUCAGGAGGCUUUCCUCAUGUAUGGCAUCUUCAUCUUCGCUCUUGCUGUUUUCUGCGUCGUUUUGUUGGUUAUGUACAUCCUCCUUAAGAAGAAGUAAGCAUAAUAAAUAUUAAAAGUAUGGCUUUUUUAACACAAACACCGCCGGAACGCUAGUCUGCUACACAGCCGUUUUUAGUGUCGUCACGCAACGCUCCUCCCCACUAACGUUAGUGGGGAGGAGCGUUUCGUGACGACACUAAAAACGGCUGUGUAGCAGACUACCGGAACGCUGGCUGCUCAGUUUAUAACGUACCUUUUACCACAGUAGAGCUGUCUUUUUCUUUUGUUUACCAAGCAACCGUCACCAAUUCCCGUCAUGCACACAUAUCGUCUCCACCUCUUAUACAUGAGUUAAUAGCCAGUUGUCAGGCAAAUAACCUUUCACUUCAGCCUGGUACAUGUUUCAGCACUCUACUUUCUAAUUCCUUUACUAGUAUUUGUUAAGUAACUAACACUGGUUUUCUGUCUUUUUUAGAGUUAACAGUUUAACUGAAAAACUUGGAUACGGGCAAGGCCAUAUGCAGAUGGGUAUGGCUGAAAAAAAAGGUUUGUUUCUUUGCUUGUUUUUGCUAUAGUUAUUUUUAUUUUGGCAUCAGUAAAUAAUUCAAUCAUGAUAUGGCUGGUUCUGCUAGCGAGCAAGAUAGCCCGUAUCUUGCUGGCUUUCUUCAGAAGAAAAAAGGUUUCGGCCAUGAAUAAUAUAGAUCCUCUUUCAACCCUGAUGACUGGAUGGAUAUGUAUAGGACUCAUUCUGAUCUAGUAGCCAAUAUCUUUGACUAUCUUGACAGUCUAUUAUACACAUUUUAAAUACCACAAUAGGGUCAUUAUUCAAGGAAAAAUAAGAAGCGUCCUUCAUUAGACGCGUCCUAAAUAAGACACAAACUAUCCCGUAUAAACGGCACAUUAAGACGCGACUUAGCAAAAACGUGUCUUAUCUAAGAACUUGUGUUAGGGGCUGUUCUUAGAUAAGACGCGUCCUAGCUAAAUUUCAAACGAAAUGUGCUGUUGAUACGGCAUAGUUUAAGUCUUAUUUUGGACGCGUCCUAUGUAAUACGCGUCUUAUUUUUCCUCGUCUAAACGUUGCGUAAUGUGUUUUUUUUGUGUUUGCUGUUGUCAUAUCGAUUUAAUAGCUGUUGUCUUAGAACGUGGUAUUCUGCUGUAUUUAUUAAAAGCAGAGUUUCUUGUAAAGAAAUUUCUCGAGUGGCCGUUCUUAAAAUUCUGGUUAGCCUAGUUCAAGCAGGUGAACCUAAAAAGACUUAAAAAGGCUAUUGUGUUUUGGUACACGGAAAUUGUGUGCGCAAUCCGCGCAUUUUCUUACUCGAGAUUACGGCAAGGUUGAUUCUGGUUCAAAUCAGUAAAAAUUUGAUUUAAAAACCUUCCUUUUUAUUUUUAACAGGUUAUAUUGCUUGAAUCUGAGGAGAUAUUUCAGUCGAUGGUUGUUUGACCUUCAAACUGAUGUGUAGUCUAGAAGUUUACUGAACUGACCACGAACAUGGAAUUCGCACCCUUUUUCAGUGUUUUAAUGACCGCCACAUCGUGUGUUUGUUGGCGAGAAUGAUAUACAAAGAGUUUCUUGUACUAAACAAAGACGAUUUCAAAAGUAUUUAACCGUACUAUUGCCUGUAAAAAUUUCUAGAGCAUUUAUAUUGUUUAUAAAUUUGACCACAAGCAUUUUAUUGUACGUAAUUGUACAGUGAAACCUUGAAAUAGCGAAAGCCUCUGCCCAAGAAGACUAGUGAUAUAAUUCUUUGUCCCAGUUAUAGACAAAUGUAUGGCAUAUGGCCUGUUAAUGUUAUAAGCAAACGCUCCUCCUUUAUAACAAACGUAUUUUCCCCUAAUCUCAGUGUGUCUUUCCACUUAAUAUUGGGAUUUCACUGUACAAUUAUAUUCAGUGUUACUUUUAGUAUUUAUACCAAGGAUAGUUAUCAACCAAGAAAUGAUGAAUAAAACACAAUUAGCAAAUAUUGUUUGACCUGUUUCUUUCAUUGAAGAAACUAUGGCUUGAAUAAAAUCGAAAGAUGGAUGUUUUUAUUAUUUUUGUUUAUGAUAGAUGAUGGGAACAUUGUCAGUACCACUGGUAGUCUUGACUUCCUCUUGAGUCCCUGUUAUCGAGGUUCUAUAGUAACUUUCUGUUGACUUUAGUUGACUUUCCUUACUUUUCGUCCCUUAUUUACCACUUUUAACUCUGAAAGAUACACAUGUAAUGCUUACAGAAGCAUCCUAUUUAAUGGAGAGGUUAAGACCCGUUAAGAAAGCAAGCAGAUAAUAACUGUCCACGAACUGUUCUUAUCGCAUAAAACUUGCGUUAAACCAGGAAGGAAGAGUACAAACAAAAAACAGUAAACGGCAAUUAAGGGGAAAAUGUGGUCGCGUGGUACAAAUUCACGUUUCCCGUUUGGCGUAAACGUGGGCAUGAAUCGUAAUCUCUUUAUAUUAAUGACUAGCGACCUUGACCGGACUAAUCUUGCUCUUAAGUAACUAUUAAAUACCAAUUGGAGCAGCCCAGAGUUACUCAAGACGCGUUCUGGCCUUUCCAACUAAAUUGCGGCAGUUUUCCUUACUUUUUUUUAUGCCUUAACCGCACAAAAUCCCUAAACCGACAACAACAACAACAACAGCAACAUACUGGCCCAUCCGGCUUAAACCCGGGCUGCAUUGUUAAAUUACGACUUACCGGUAAGUUUAUUUUAGGCGGCGCGCAAGGGAGAAAACGUUUGGAAACACCGCCAUAGUAACACGCCGCUUCGGCUCGUACUUUACUUUUUCAUGAACAUUUUGAUGACUGCAAUAUCCUAUUAUACACUUCAGUCUAGUAAUGUGCAGAGAUAGUGAAAAUGAUGCGAAAAACACACCAGUCCAUUUCCUUCCUCAGAUCACGCGCGUCUCAUUUUUGCUUGGCUAUUUUUUGACUAUUUUUGCGACGUCCCUACUAUCUGAGAGCCUGGCGCAGUUUGUUAGUUGCUUAAAUUUUUUUCUCUUUGUUAUCGGGCAGCGUGUUUAUCAUGAGGAUUUUCUGUUUUUCUGUUUCUUCGCUCUAUCACUCUCAAAGACGUUUGCUCAUUGAGUAUUUUUCAAGAAAACCAGAUCUCUAUCCUAGUUUUGUUUCAUCUAAACGCAUUAAAUGACUUUUAAAUUUCGAACAGCCCAUUUUUGCAUGGUGGAUUUUCAUUGAUCGAAACACAUACGCUAGAUUUUUAAGAGCAUUAAAUCGUCAGGAGCCUCAUCACCCCUUCAAUCCGAAAGUCACGGACCUUCUGUAGCUCGUACCUGUAAGAGCAAGCAAAAUUUCCAAUAGCCUUUCACUUCAGUCAACUUCAUUUUAAUAGGGUUACUUCAAAUGCUCUUUUUUACUACGGCCAUCUUGUUAUGCGCAGUAAGAGAUGCGCAGUGCAAAACCAGUAAUCACCUUAAUUACUGAGAGAACUUGUAAACAUGCCAUUAAGUCCACUUGAAAAACCCAUCAUUAGCGGCGGUUAUUAUCAAUGUCUAUUAAAGAAACGUGUUACCUAGUUACUUGGCAUUCAAGAGUAUUUUUGCAAAGGAUGACCUCACUUCUUAAUAGUAUGUAUUUAUCUUUAUGGUGCAUUGAGCUGUCAGGGAGACGGGUAUGACGUUUUGUGCGGUCACAUGGUAAGCGUAAUGUUGUUCUUCUAUUCAUCGUUACGCACGCUAAGCAACAAACGUCGGUAGUUCAACCAAAACAAGCCCUUACUUGUUCCAUGCCAGUUCCUGAGCUGGAGAGGGUUAAGAGUUGCAUUAACACCAAGUACUAACGGCUACUCCCUUAAAAAGGUAAGCAUUUAGUUAGUUGCUUAGACAUGACUUCCUUCAAAUCGGCGUCCUUGAAUGUUCGCGACUUGGGAAAAGUCAUGCAUGGUCAAUGUUAGAAAUUGCAAUGCAGCAGUUCAUGUAUGAAAAUUAUCGAUUGAUGUGUUAAGGGCAAGCACGCAAGAUCAUCGUUUAAACUGAGUUAACGCUAGACAGAGAAUUGUCUCUCUGCGUGUAAGUUGGCAUUUAUCAGGCAAUCUAUUCUUGUUGGGGCGAUUCCUUAUGGUAAGAGAGGAACUGUGUGGCCCAAGUUUAUUUAGAAUGUAGUAAAGUUAGCUUUUUUGCAACCGCAUGCAUGGGAAUACAUAAACGUAAUUAAACCAAACUAUCUUACCCCUCGGUUUUGCGGGGCAGAUUGGCUGUACUGCCAUCAUGACAUCAUACAUGUAUAUCUCCGAUAAUCAGUCAGUUGUGCCGCGAACAAACAUGCAGCUAUCUAAUAGUAUUUAUUCUUCCAAGUGUGACAGUAGUAGUGGUAGCGGCAGCUUGUAUUUCCAAAUCAGCUUAUUCUCAGCGAACGAACAUAACUAACAUUCUGAGCUUUCUGGUAUCAGAACUCUCCUUCUUCCUAAUUAGAUCAGCACGUCAUUACUAACUUUUUUCAAUCUCAAAUAAAUGAUUCUAUUAAUAUUUCACGAACCCCGACUGACAGAGCAGCAGCAGAAGGUGAUUUGAUUCACUGCUUGCAAAAUAAGCUAACUUUCAGUAAUCUGAACAGGUCACCUGGGGCCCCUUUCUUGAAAGUCCCUGUAACUUUACGGGCUAGAAAAAAUAUAUAUUUAAAUCCAAAUUUAAAAAGCAGCCAACUAACAAAUCAACCAACCAAAAAACUAUUCCAUUUUGUCUUGUUAACUGAUAGUUUUACACUGUUAUCUGCAAGCUGGCAAAUGAAACCUCGAUCUUGAAUGUAAACAACCACAGCUUUCCGCAACAGAAUUGAAUGGCUGUUCGUCCGGCGUUUUCAUGAAAUUAGCUAGCUGUGUCUUGGGCUACAACACCCUCUAAAAGAGGACAGUAAAAUUUUCCACUCAAUCUCGAAAAAGAGUUAGAUACUUCGGCAAGAAAUGGGUGUGAGGAAUUUGAAAAAUGAUUUCACUAGACUUAGAGAAUUAUUAUUAAAAUAAUAAUUCUCUACACAGAUUUUCUUCGUCCAUUCGAUUAGGAUGUUAUCAUUUCAAGUAAGUACUUAGUUUAUAGAUCAACAUGCAACCAUCGAUCGACAGUCACCGUUUUCUUGUUUAUUUGUGGAAUUAUUCGGAGUUUAUUUGGAGUUUAAAUAUUUGCGGUUUUAUAAAUUAUAAACCGUGAAGUUGCUUUUUAUGUACAGCAACGCCUCAAAGAGGAAACCGUCAGUAUGCCGGUACGUCUGGUAGCUCCGACCUGGGCUCUUUUUUUGUUGUCUUUUUAUGUCUUCAAUCUCCCCUCUACAUUCAAUUAAUUUUUAAUUUAGAAAUAAAACAUUCAUCAUCACAUUACUAUCAUUGCGCUCGUAAUACAGUUAACUUCUUAUUCCAAGAAAAAAAAAAUAUUCGCGCGUUUAUCCAGCUGGGCCCUAAAUAG